AUGCUUACUUGUUUAAACGUGUGUUGGCCUGUGCCCUGUGUGCUCUGCCCCGUGCAUGCAGUGGUUGCCCUCUCCAACCUCUCCCUUGCGCUCGUCACCCGCACCUUCUACUCCAUGGUACGCUGUCCCGCCCUUAUUCUCCCUCGUCACUGUGCGAUAUCUUAUCCGCUUCAUUCACUGCAGUCUCCUUGGCUGGAGGUGCCCAGCAGCUUCAAGCUGCUGGGCACCAGGCUCAUCAUCUCCGUCGGCGUGCUCGGCAUAGUGGCGGGGGAGACGGAGUUUGAGCUGCUGGGCUUCAUCCUCGUUAUGCUGGCCUCGUUCAUGGCGGGUCUCCGAUGGGUACUGCUGCAAGUGCUCCUGCAGGUAAGCCGCUGUUCCCUGAUGCUCACUGCUGCUGUGUAUUGCUGUGCUGCUGUGUAUUGCUGUGCUGCUGUGUAUUGCUGUGCUGCUGUGUAUUGCUGUGCUGCUGUGUAUUGCUGUGCUGCUGUGUAUUGCUGUGCUGCUGUGUAUUGCUGUGCUGCUGUGUAUUGCUGUGCUGCUGUGUAUUGCUGUGCUGCUGUGUAUUGCUGUGCUGCUGUGUAUUGCUGUGCUGCUGUGUAUUGCUGUGCUGCUGUGUAUUGCUGUGCUGCUGUGUAUUGCUGUGCUGCUGUGUAUUGCUGUGCUGCUGUGUAUUGCUGUGCUGCUGUGUAUUGCUGUGCUGCUGUGUAUUGCUGUGCUGUUGUGUAUUGCUGUGCUGCUGUGUAUUGCUGUGCUGCUGUGUAUUGCUGUGCUGCUGUGUACUGCUGUGCUGCUGUGUAUUGCUGUGCUGUUGUGUAUUGCUGUGCUGCUGUGUAUUGCUGUGCUGCUGUGUAUUGCUGUGCUGCUGUGUAUUGCUGUGCUGCUGUGUAUUGCUGUGCUGCUGUGUAUUGCUGUGCUGCUGUGUACUGCUGUGCUGCUGUGUAUUGCUGUGCUGCUGUGUAUUGCUGUGCUGCUGUGUAUUGCUGUGCUGCUGUGUAUUGCUGUGCUGCUGUGUAUUGCUGUGCUGCUGUGUAUUGCUGUGCUGUUGUGUAUUGCUGUGCUGCUGUGUAUUGCUGUGCUGCUGUGUAUUGCUGUGCUGCUGUGUAUUGCUGUGCUGCUGUGUCUUGCUGUGCUGCUGUGUGUUGCUGUGCUGCUGUGUAUUGCUGUGCUGCUGUGUAUUGCUGUGCUGCUGUGUAUUGCUGUGCUGCUGUGUAUUGCUGUGCUGCUGUGUAUUGCUGUGCUGCUGUGUGUUGCUGUGCUGCUGUGUGUUGCUGUGCUGCUGUGUGUUGCUGUGCUGCUGUGUAUUGCUGUGCUGCUGUGUAUUGCUGUGCUGCUGUGUAUUGCUGUGCUGCUGUGUAUUGCUGUGCUGCUGUGUAUUGCUGUGCUGCUGUGUAUUGCUGUGCUGCUGUGUAUUGCUGUGCUGCUGUGUAUUGCUGUGCUGCUGUGUAUUGCUGUGCUGCUGUGUAUUGCUGUGCUGCUGUGUAUUGCUGUGCUGUUGUGUAUUGCUGUGCUGCUGUGUAUUGCUGUGCUGCUGUGUAUUGCUGUGCUGCUGUGUAUUGCUGUGCUGCUGUGUAUUGCUGUGCUGCUGUGUAUUUCUGUGCUGCUGUAUAUUGCUGUGCUGCUGUGUAUUGCUGUGCUGCUGUGUGUUGCUGUGCUGCUGUGUAUUGCUGUGCUGCUGUGUAUUGCUGUGCUGCUGUGUAUUGCUGUGCUGCUGUGUAUUGCUGUGCUGCUGUGUAUUGCUGUGCUGCUGUGUAUUGCUGUGCUGCUGUGUAUUGCUGUGCUGCUGUGUAUUGCUGUGCUGCUGUGUAUUGCUGUGCUGCUGUGUAUUGCUGUGCUGCUGUGUAUUGCUGUGCUGCUGUGUAUUGCUUUGCUGCUGUGUAUUGCUGUGCUGCUGUGUAUUGCUGUGCUGCUGUGUAUUGCUGUGCUGCUGUGUAUUGCUGUGCUGCUGUGUAUUGCUGUGCUGCUGUGUAUUGCUGUGCUGCUGUGUAUUGCUGUGCUGCUGUGUACUGCUGUGCUGCUGUGUAUUGCUGUGCUGCUGUGUAUUGCUGUGCUGCUGUGUACUGCUGUGCUGCUGUGUAUUGCUGUGCUGCUGUGUGUUGCUGUGCUGCUGUGUAUUGCUGUGCUGCUGUGUAUUGCUGUGCUGCUGUGUCUUGCUGUGCUGCUGUGUAUUGCUGUGCUGCUGUGUAUUGCUGUGCUGCUGUGUAUUGCUGUGCUGCUGUGUAUUGCUGUGCUGCUGUGUGUUGCUGUGCUGCUGUGUGUUGCUGUGCUGCUGUGUGUUGCUGUGCUGCUGUGUAUUGCUGUGCUGCUGUGUAUUGCUGUGCUGCUGUGUAUUGCUGUGCUGCUGUGUAUUGCUGUGCUGCUGUGUAUUGCUGUGCUGCUGUGUAUUGCUGUGCUGCUGUGUAUUGCUGUGCUGCUGUGUAUUGCUGUGCUGCUGUGUAUUGCUGUGCUGCUGUGUAUUGCUGUGCUGCUGUGUAUUGCUGUGCUGCUGUGUAUUGCUGUGCUGCUGUGUAUUGCUGUGCUGCUGUGUAUUGCUGUGCUGCUGUGUAUUGCUGUGCUGCUGUGUAUUGCUGUGCUGCUGUGUAUUGCUGUGCUGCUGUGUAUUGCUGUGCUGCUGUGUAUUGCUGUGCUGCUGUGUAUUGCUGUGCUGCUGUGUAUUGCUGUGCUGCUGUGUAUUGCUGUGCUGCUGUGUAUUGCUGUGCUGCUGUGUAUUGCUGUGCUGCUGUGUAUUGCUGUGCUGCUGUGUAUUGCUGUGCUGCUGUGUAUUGCUGUGCUGCUGUGUAUUGCUGUGCUGCUGUGUAUUGCUGUGCUGCUGUGUAUUGCUGUGCUGUUGUGUAUUGCUGUGCUGCUGUGUAUUGCUGUGCUGCUGUGUAUUGCUGUGCUGCUGUGUGUUGCUGUGCUGCUGUGUGUUGCUGUGCUGCUGUGUGUUGCUGUGCUGCUGUGUGUUUCUGUGCUGCUGUGUGUUGCUGUGCUGCUGUGUAUUGCUGUGCUGCUGUGUAUUGCUGUGCUGCUGUGUAUUGCUGUGCUGCUGUGUAUUGCUGUGCUGCUGUGUAUUGCUGUGCUGCUGUGUAUUGCUGUGCUGCUGUGUAUUGCUGUGCUGCUGUGUAUUGCUGUGCUGCUGUGUAUUGCUGUGCUGCUGUGUAUUUCUGUGCUGCUGUGUAUUGCUGUGCUGCUGUGUAUUGCUGUGCUGCUGUGUAUUUCUCUCCACAGUGCCUGUGUGCGGUGCUUGCUCCUGCCACAUGCCACAAUCCUCACCAACCCACUGCUCCAUUGCAGUAUCUGGCGCUGGUCAUGGCGCUUGUGCUGUCUCGCAACAAGGGACCAACUUUAGCUGUUGCACCACACCGCCUCGCUCUACUCGUCCGCCCCCCCAGCGUAUCAUCGCUCCCCCCAGCGUAUCAUCGCUCCCCCCAGCGUAUCAUCGCUCCCCCCAGCGUAUCAUCGCUCCCCCCAGCGUAUCAUCGCUCCCCCCAGCGUAUCAUCGCUCCCCCCAGCGUAUCAUCGCUCCCCCCAGCGUAUCAUCGCUCCCCCCAGCGUAUCAUCGCUCCCCCCAGCGUAUCAUCGCUCCCCCCAGCGUAUCAUCGCUCCCCCCAGCGUAUCAUCGCUCCCCCCAGCGUAUCAUCGCUCCCCCCAGCGUAUCAUCGCUUCCCCCAGCGUAUCAUCGCUCCCCCCAGCGUAUCAUCGCUCCCCCCAGCGUAUCAUCGCUUCCCCCAGCGUAUCAUCGCUCCCCCCAGCGUAUCAUCGCUCCCUCCAGCGUAUCAUCGCUCCCCCCAGCGUAUCAUCACUUCCCCCGCGGCACCCGGGACUCCAGCGUUCCGACCUCCUCCCAUGCGAUUCAGAUUCCUUCCUCGUGCUACGAGGUGUCCAGCUGAGCCCUCUAUGGCCCGAGUGUCUGAAGAGGAUGCGGCAGUCAACGGGCUGCUCAUGGCGUUCGUCCUUCGCAGCUCCUCACUCUUCAUGGAGCUUGCGAGUAAAGCCAUCGACGCCAGUUUAGGGCAGAGCGGUGAAUGGCACAAGAGGCAAGAGGCCCUGGAGACGACAGUGACAGCGCUCGCUGCGCAGCUCGAAGCAACCAGGAAGAAGGUGGAGGAAGCUGAGGGGAGGGAAGAAAGGGUUGUGGAGGAGCUGGUGGGCGUGAAGGCGGAUGUGGCAGAACACAAGGAUCAUCUGCUGGUGCUGGAGGGGACUCUCACAGACCGUGAGCUGGAGUUGGCAAACACAAGGGGAGAGGUGGCAGCCCUGAGAACGGAACUGGACCAACUGAAACGUGACACCGAGAAGAUAUGGGAG